AUGAAUUCAGUGCACUUGCCACUUGUACCACUCAGUAAUCGUUUCACUAAAGGCACUCACACUUUGCCUAAAGUUUUACCUUCUCAUCAGUCAUCAUCAGAAAGUCAAUCUGUGAAAACGUCUAAACCCAAACCACCCCCUCUGACAACUCAGCAGAAUUCCCCAUUACUUAACGUACAGCCGUUACUAACCGCUAUCCCUCCCACCCCCACAACCACCGUAAAUUCUCCAACUCCCAUCAUCAAUUCUGAUUCUUGUAUUACAGGGAUAGACUCCUUAAAAGUUGGGGAUCUUCCCGGAAGUCUAUCUGCCACUGGUUUCUUGGGAGCUGGAGUAAUCAUUCGAGAUGGCAUAAUCAUCCGGCGCCUGCCUAGUUUUCCUAGUUCUGAUUCCCAGGCUUCUACUUCCCCAGUGAAAGGCCCGUCCCCGCGAAAUUCUCCGCCGCUGUCCCCACUCAUAACACCACUGAAAAUUCUCUCCCCACCUCAAACCCCGCGUCGGGCUCAAAGGUUCGCUUUGCCCGCUUCGUUCUCGACCUCUUCGGAAGGUCGAGAUUCACCCGUGUUGCCCCCAAAAUACGACAGCCGUCGACUACCUCCUCAACCUCCAGCGCGGAGCUCAAAAUCUCCCUUUUCUUCUCCUAAACAAACUCAAAGCCCUUCCUACCGUAAGGCACGUAGUCCUACUAGGACCGUAUUUCAGUAUCCUUCGCCGAAAAGCACAAGUCCUAACAGGAAUCGCGACUCUAAAUACGCCGAGGAACUACCCAGACCUAUGAGUGCUCAUGGGUUUUUGCCCACUGGUCAAUUUGCCUCCGCCUUCAAUAGGGCGUUCAUUCCGUCAAGUGGAGUCAACUUGAAUCCUUUUUCGAUACCAACAAGUUUCGAAGGUAAACCAUCUCAUGGGCCAGUUUUGAAACAACGUCCUCCUCUUCCUCGGAGCUCAUUUUCAUUCAACGAAGAUUCAACAACCUCCACAAUCUCAUCGACGUCGACCAAAUCUGCGAAGUCAGACACAAGCCAGAAUUGUAGUAAAACUAGAGAUGGCAGCAGGUAUACAGACACCAGAAUGGAUUACCCUAAAGCCACAACUAAAGAGCCUCUCAAAGGCAUGGCUGAAAGGAUCAGCAGCAACAGCAGCAGCAACAAUAGCAUCAAUUCGCAAGAAGCUCUGUCGAACCUUCAACUGAAUAAAUCUUUGGUUCCUUCCACCCGAAGCUACACUACGACUUCUAAAAAAGAAGGGAGUAAGUCGGUCCGAGAAUACACUGAUGUCCUGCAGCAACUUUCCCGCAAUUAUAAAGCUCAGGUGGACAGAACUAACCCUGAGAAAGUAAAGGAAGAAAAAAUAAUGCGACCAACAGCCGUGACGCCAGCUUCGGGAAGAAUUGAAAUGAAGCAGAAGCAGGAAGUUCUGGAACAAAGACAUUUCGAUUUGUUACGCCGGCAAAAACAGCUCCAGGAACAGUACCUGCGCCUGCAGAACAUACAGAAGACGGGGAGUCGUCUGUCGGUGCCCAACAUAGACCAAUUUCUUGAGGAACUCAACAAGAAAGCCCAGGUGAAGGCCCCAAUAACCGCUAAAGAGAAACGCGAACUGCUCAAGAAAGCUGGGAGCGAGGACAGCCUCCUGACCAGAUCAGGGCUGUCAUCGAUGUCAUUUUCAGAGACCGGAGGUUCGCUGACGAAUUUAAUUUCUCCGUCAGCCACCAAGUCCACUGACGACCUGCACCAGAGCUCCUCCAAGUCCAGCAGCUCUUGCACUAUAAGUGUCAUCAAGUCCACGAACGUGGAGAAGUCGGCCACAAGUCCCAUCCACAUCUCCGCCUUGAACUGGCCCAACCCCGAGCCCCAGGCUACGACCACCGUAGCUUCGAGUAUCAACAACCCCUUCCGGCAGGCUGGCCGCUCCGCUACUGUCACCACGAAAAUUCUUGGCGACCACCUCGGCCCCAGUCGCAAAUUUUCGGCGCCAAGUGCACGCAAAAAAUCUUACCCCUCCACUGCACCCAACCCCAUAGAGUGUGCGGCCGCUGAUCACUCCCGUUGA